UUAUAAAAUAAAAAAGAAAGAACAAUUUUAAAAAAACUCGUUUGAUUAGUAAUAUUUUUAUAAAUUUGUCAGAAUAAAAAAAUAUUUAAACAUUUUGAAAAAUUUAAUCAUGAUGCCUAGUACACGUGCGUGAUAAGUCGUCAAUAACACCACACUAAACAACAAUAUUAACACUAAAUAAUAUCUAUUAAAUCUUAACAACGAUAAUAAGAAAUAACGGUUGUUCGCCUAAACGAUUCGAAUUAUUUAAUAAGGAACAGCGAUCCGUCGCCGACGAUGUGCGGCUGUAGUCCAUGAUUCAUCUGGCCCGUGAACACCCGUAAUGGAUAAGUACGUGAAGCGCAUUAAGAGGAAAGAAGACAAUGGCGGAGACGACACAGACGUGGACAAAUUCUACGUACCCGGCGGCCAGUUGAUGGCUGCGGACUCUGCUGUGUCCUGUGCACUAGGCAUCCAACAACCCGCAGCCCCUCAAAAGUCCGAUCGACCAGCCACUCCGCCUUCGCCGAUUUUGUCUAUGUCUCCGACAUCGGAAGACUUAUCCUUAUCGAAAAAAACAAUAGGACAAAUGAAACGCAUUUACGUUUCUAGACGUUUGCUAUUCGAUGAUGAAGAAAAAGUCAACAUAAAUAAGCCUGUUAGUCAACAUUUGAUCGUCAACUCUCAACCAACUGAUGUCUUGGAAGAAAAGGUUAGAAAUAAUAAAAUAAUUAGCUUACAAACAGUACCGUCUUUUUAAAGAGGAAUUGAUAUUAAAUGGUUUUAUUUGUUUUUUUUUUUAAAAAUAUAGUACAAUAUACUACAUUUAUAAAAUUAAUUGUUUCUGUUGUAACUUAAAUUGCCAUAAGUCUAUAAAUAAUUAGUUAAUUUGUGACAGUGU